UGUAUGUCUGGGGGGAUAUAUAUAUAGAUAUAUAGAGAGAGAGAGGCAUGUGUGGUGUUCAGAGUUUCUGUGUGUGCAAAGUGUUUGUGUGGGGGUUGAAGAUUUAAUUUGAUUUGGGCUUCCAGAUUUGACUGCCCUUGCUUUGCCCUCACCUUGGUUUGUUGGCUUGUUGUUGAUAAACUACACAUUGUAUUGGCGGGACCAUGAUAAAGGAGAAUGGUAACAGUGUUCAACUUACCCAUGCUGGAAGAAUUCGACGUCGUAAGGGUUCAAAUGAGGUUCCAGCAGAUGCAGGACAAACAAAUGGAAAACAUUUGCUGGUAAAUGAUCAAAAUAAAUAUAGGUCAAUGCUAAUACGUGCUUAUUCUAGUUUUUGGAUGAUUGGCGGAUUCAUAUUUGUUGUCUACAUGGGGCAUCUCUAUAUAUGGGCCAUGGUUGUCAUUAUACAAAUUUUCAUGGCAAAAGAGCUGUUUGGUCUACUUAGAAAAGCAAAUGAAGACAAACAACUCCCUGGAUUUAGGCAUUUAAAUUGGCAUUUCUUCUUCACAGCAAUGCUAUUUGUAUAUGGCCGCAUUCUUAGUCAGAGACUUGUCAAUACUGUCACAACAGACAAGUUUCUGUAUAAAAUUGUUGGAAACCUUAUCAAAUAUCAUAUGGUGACCUGUUAUUUCUUGUAUAUAGCAGGUUUUGUGUGGUUCAUUCUAUCACUAAAGAAGAAGAUGUACAAGUAUCAGUUUGGCCAAUACGCAUGGACACAUAUGAUUCUUAUUGUGGUUUUCAUGCAAUCCUCUUUCACAGUAGCCAAUAUAUUUGAAGGGAUUUUCUGGUUCCUUCUUCCUGCAUCACUGAUCGUCAUCAAUGAUAUUGCUGCCUAUUUCUUUGGCUUCUUUUUUGGAAAAACACCAUUGAUCAAGUUAUCCCCAAAGAAGACAUGGGAGGGGUUUAUCGGAGCAUCAGUUACAACAAUUAUAUCAGCCUUCAUGCUUGCUAAUAUUAUGGGUCAAUUUCAAUGGUUAACAUGCCCCAGAAAGGACCUAUCAACUGGUUGGCUUCAAUGCGACCCUGGCUCGCUGUUUACGCCAGAGAAUUUUACCUUACCCGGAUGGCUUCCUGAAUGGUUUCUAUGGACAGAGAUGGAAAUCAUGCCUGUGCAAUGGCACGCAUUGGGUCUUGGACUUUUUGCUUCCAUAAUUGCACCAUUUGGUGGCUUCUUUGCUAGUGGUUUUAAAAGAGCUUUCAAGAUCAAGGAUUUUGGGGACAGUAUCCCUGGGCAUGGUGGAAUGACAGACAGAAUGGACUGUCAGAUGGUGAUGGCUGUUUUUGCAUACAUCUACCAUCAGUCGUUUAUUGUAGCUCAAAGUGUAUCAGUUGGGAUGAUUUUCGACCAGAUUGUAAUGAAUCUCUCUUACGAGGAGCAACGUGCACUGUACACAAACCUUGGACAAAUCAUCCAGGAUAGGCAAUUUGGUGAAUCUUGAAGAUUACAUAUACAACUAUUAUACAGGUUGUUCACCUAAUGUCAAUUGUAUAAUGAUGAAUUGAAUUUUAUCAUGUUUGGUUUAGAGAGAGUUGCUUAGCGGUUGUAUAGUGGUUUCAUUAAGAUAGGAGUAAAAUUUCUCAAUUGUUGCUCUUGUUCCUCGACCCGUCUCUCUAUAAGUUGUAGAUGGCAUAAAACACGAAUGUAGUGAUCAUUUCGCAUGAUCAGUUGGAUUGUAGAAGCAUGAUAUGUAUUGGAGAUAUGGUGAGCUUUGUUUUUGGCCAAA